AUCAAGCUAAAAAAGGGCGUAUCUUGUAAACUCAAGUAAACAAAGCUUCUGGGUACAGGUGUCAGCUCUUUGACAAAAUACUUUUUGAGCUGACAAAAUAGAUACUAGCUAGACUAGACUGUGAUUGAGCUGAAGUAUAUAACUCUGCGGAUCAGGGCUAUACACUUAUCUUGCAGCUACUAGAGUCCCUGGCCGCCCCAGGCCAGGGCAGGUCAGGAAGGUCAGGACAAUGGCAGCAAGUCAUGAUCUGGGUGAACAACUCUAUGAUGCUUCCCGUGAUGGUCGUGUGGACGAGGUGGAGAGGCUGCUGGCUAGAGGAGCUCCUGUCAACUGGGGGAACAGUUUUGGAUUCAACGUUCUCCAUAGGGCAUGCAUCAACAACCACCCUGAUGUAGUGAAGAUACUCACACAGCAAGAUGGCAUCGACGUCAAUGUACAGACCACUUAUAAGAACACUCCCCUGCACUGGGCCUGCUACAAGGGACACCUGAAGUGUGUCCAGUUACUGAUGGCAACUCGACAGUGUGACCUAGAUGUAUAUGCAGGGAACAAGUAGUCCUAUAUGCUGAGAAAGGAAACAGAAAGUCUAAGAAAGUUAUCACACAGGCUAAUUUUGCAGGUUACCUUGCCUUGGUUUUCUGAAACAAAGUACCUGAUAGCUGCUCUGUAGGAGUAUGACCUACCAUCCUUCGAGAAGUUUCUGCUACAUCUGACAUCAACGAAUAGAGUCAGAGUCCACUUCUUCAUGUUCAUUCUCUUGUCAUGCUUUAAUCAUACUCAUGCAUUAGUUUAUAACAUUGUUGUUGUCAAUAAAAUGUUCAUACUAUCUAUUAAAAUGAAAAUACAAUAACAGAAUUGCCAUAGAGCAAAGUGUAAACCUCGAUUUGAGGCCGCGGGUGGGCGUAUAUUCGAAUGAAAACUCG